AUGGAGCAGAAUACCAUCCGCCGUCGAGGCCUCGGUCUCCACGGCGUUGAUGCCGAGCGCGUCUCCCCGGGCUACGUGCUAUACGCACCUCUCACUUCCAACACAGCACACCUAGUCUCCACAACAGGUAAAGAAGUGCACCGCUGGAAACUCCCUUAUCGCCCUGGCCGACACCCCCGCAUCCUAGCGGACGGAAACCUCGCCUACAACGGCGCGCACCCAGACUCCCCUAUUUUCUUCCCAAAGUGGGCGAAGUACCGAGGCGGCGUAAUGAUGCAAGUCAGCCCAGAUGGCGAGAUCCUUCGCCAAUACAGCGACCCGCUAGCACACCACGACCAGCACCACUUCGACGACGGCACAAUCCUGUACUCGACGCAGGAGCCACUCACCAGCGCCGAAGCAGCGUGCGUACAAGGCGGGAUUCCAUCCAGCGAAGCCCCGAAUGGCGUCAUCUAUGGUGACUGCAUCAAACUCGUCCAGCCUUGGUCGACAAGCAACAUCUCCUCAUCUGCAGAUUUCGACGGCAGCGGUGGGAAAUCAGGCGCCAAGCUCCUCUGGUCAUGGCGUGCAAUCGACCAUCUCGACCCUAAUGUCUUUGUAACGCACAAGGACAUGAGUCGCGAGCACUGGCCGAUGAUCAACGGCGUUGCGCUUGACUCGGCUGGGGAUAUCAUUGCUUCGUCGAGGAAUACGGCGAGCGUGUUUAUUGUCAGUCGUGCUACGGGUGCGGUCAAGCGUCGUAUUGCUGCGCCGGUUGUUAACCAGCAGCAUUGUCCUCAUGAGAUUAAUGAGGCGGGGGAUAUUUUACUUCUUGACAAUGGUAAUUUCAGGCCUAAGACGACGGUUCCGUUUUCGAGGGCAAUUAUUGUCUCCAAGGAAGGGGUGGUCAAGUGGGAGUAUAAGGAUUCCUCGACGGGAGGGUUGGGAUUCUUCUCUCCAUUUAUGGGAUCUGCACAGAAGUUGGCUGGUGGAAAUGUUCUGGUUUGUGAGGCUCCUACUGGGCGAAUUAUGGAGGUUACUGAAGGGGGUGAGGUUGUUUGGGAGUUUGUUGUGCCACAGAUGGAGGAUUACAAGGAGGUUAUGACGAAAGAGGAGUUGGCGGGCAUAAAUAAUUAUGCUACUAAUGGGAUCUUUAGGGCUUAUAAGUAUCGCCCCGAGGAGGUGCCUUGGCUCAAGGAAUAG